CCGAAGACCAAUUGAAGACCGAGCCUUCAACUCUGCAAAUUUUCGAGCUCAUCGUUUUGCUUCUUUGGUCGCGAUUCACGAACACGAAGCUUCUUCCGUCACUAACCCCUCUUCUCUUCGAUGGCGAUGACCAUUGAGGUUUUCAGUCAUGCUUUGAUGGGAUUGAGUCCUAACACUUUUCUGUUUUGGCAUUGUUCCUCCCCGUAUUGCUGAUGGUUCGUGUUCUUUGCAGUGCUUGCAGGACUUGCAUUUAUGUUUUCAGCAAGCAUCUUGUUACAAAUCCUGGCUUGUGCAUUGUACAACAAUUGGUGGCCGAUGUUAUCUGCUCUGAUGUACGUCGUGGUACCCAUGCCUUGCUUAUUCUUUGGUGGCGGUUCUACUCAGUUUUUGCUUACGAGGGAAAGUGAUGGGUGGAUAAAUGCUGCUAAAUUCCUGACUGGGGCAUCAACUGUUGGGAGCAUAGCCAUUCCCAUCAUUCUUAGGCACGCUCAUAUGAUUGAGACACCUGCAAUGUGGAUUGAAUUCUUUUCAUUCUUCAUAUUUAUCUGUACUGUCAUGUGUUUCCACCGUGCUAGUCUCGAAGAUGCGUGGUGAUUAGCGCUCAAAAAGCCUAGGUUCUUAUCUACUGACUGGUAAUUGUUGCGGCCACCAUUGAUGUAAUAUAAGUUAAUAAUUGCAAGUUUGAUAAUGCAUGCGAACGGGAAAGGAACGUAGCCUUUCCCACUUUGUAGAUGUGAUCUCUAUAUAUAUGUAUGUUCAAACUUCAAAGACCCUUUCUUCAAUCAAUUUGUAUACGUUGUUCGAAGGUA